UCGUGGCAAGGAAAUUUUCACAGAGGAAAAAUUUCCACAGAGGAAAAAAUUCCACAGAGGAAAAAUUUCCACAGAGGAAAAAAUUCCACAGAGGAAAAAUUUCCACAGAGGAAAAAUUUCCAUAGAGGAAAAUUCUCAAACACGAAAAUUCUCAAACGAAAAUUCUCAAACACGAAAUUCUCAAACACAAAAAUUCUCAAAUACAAAAAAUUAUGUCUUCUUCUAA